UGUCUUAUCGUUCGGCGGGUUGUCACUGCAUGUGGGAACGACAAAGGCCCGGGAGGUUUGACGAGGUCACGUGUAAUCACGGGUAACCCUAGCGGUCUGUGGACUAAGGUACAAUUCCACUGAAUUCCCAAUGACUCAGGAACGCGAGUGUUUGUGAACAUUGAAAUAAGGAGGAGUAACCGAUCCUUUAUCAGUCAGUAUCGUGAGCCACUUUGCGUCUUGUCGUGAUUUGGCAUUAACCCUUGUGGGGUCAGCUUUGUUAUCAACAUUUCGGUAGAGAUGUGUAUGUCUUACCUCAGUACUGUUACUGGGAGACAAAACAGGAAAACAGCCAGAGCCAGGAUUUGGAUACAAAUCUGACUGCUAAAGUACUUGAUCAAAUGCCUCUGUGUUUAACUAUAUUAGUUUCACCAAGGCAGCCAAUGUAAUUGCCAUGUUGUGAGUUUUUGCCGAUGUUUGAGUACCACUUUUACUUGUCCAGUGUUUUUGUCCAGCAUUUGGAUUGUGAAGCUUUUCAAACAGUCAACAUCUAAGGAGUGCUAUAUAUGUCUCAUUAGUCGUUGGUUCUAUACAGUGAAGAGGGAAUCAAAUAUUUCCAAAACUAGCCGCCAUGGUUCGGCUUCGUGACACCAGGAUCUACAAAAUUCUGGCGGGUGGAUGUAUGUCCGAGAUAUCUUCAGAAUGCAUUAAGCACGUGCAGAGUGGGAAGAACAUUAACCUACGUGACGAGGGCACGGGGGAAACGUACCUUCACCUACUGGCCGACUAUGUAGACCGUUUCCGAUGCCCUCAGGGCACCAUCGUCAUUUACAUCAUGGCCUGUAAGGGCAUCGACCUUGACAUUCUUGACAACGAGGGAGACACGUUUCUUCACAGGAUCAUGCGCAAACCUUAUACGUACCGGGCCGUUGUUGCAGUGAUCAGGUGUGGUGCCGACCCAUUAGUCAAAAACAAGGAAGGCCUGACCCCCAGGGACGUUCUAUUGCAGACCAAACCCGAGGGAUGGGAGGAGACACUUCAUUGGUUCAACAAGUUCUCGCCAGGUUUAUACCGGGCUAUGAUGGAGGCCAAACCUGACAGGGCACUGGUGGAAAAACUGCUCAAAUAUCUCUGUCGGACAAGUGUUGUAAAAAACGGGAAGCUAGUCUGUCUUAAAACAAUCGCCAAGCAGAACAUCCGGGAUCUAGAUCUGGUGGAACUGCUGGAGAAAUACGAAAAUACCAUCGAGUUUGCUCUGGCUCUUUUUACGGGCAAGGAUCUGGCCCUCCGAUAUUUCUUCAAGGAUGUUCCAAACGCAAUGGACAACAUCGAUAUCAACAUCACUGACCACAGCUAUCAGUACCGAUAUCCAGAUUACCCAGAAGUCCCACUUCCGAUUCUCGCGGCAUUGUGGGAAGGCAGCAUGGAGGAAAACGUCGCUGUUCUACUAGAAAUGGGAGUUGACACGUCCGUUUUGUUUUCAUAUAAUCCAGAUGUCGAGCCACCGAAACCACUGUUCUUCCAGGUAUUGAGUGGCGUUGUCAAGCCUACGGACUCUAUAAUACACCGGGUGUUAGAAGCUUCAGACAUGUCCGUCCGAAAUCAGGAUGGACAGACAAUUGUGUACGAGGCGAUAGCGCGAGAUUAUCCGGACAAUUUCAUCAUCAGUCUUUUCAAAUAUGGCGUCAAUAUCGCCUCACGAGACAAGCAUGGCCGCACAGCACGUGACUACGCAGAGUUUAUUCAGAAACCACGUUACUGUAGACUGAUAGACACGUGUGUGGUAGAAAUGGUUAAAGAGUGUAAUAUAGAGGGCGUGAGAAACCUCAUAAGACACGGGUACGACCACCUUCUGGACGUCAGGGAUAGACAGACGGGCAAUUCCGUCAUCGACAUUGGGAGGUGUCGGUCAUCUGCUAUGGACGAUCUCCUGAACAAGGCGGGCGCGGUCAAGGAACACAUCUGUAAGAUGUUCCAGAAGACAGAAUCUGGAAGUCUAGGGGAGUUGCAGCGCCUGAUGGGAAGGAAGUACGCACCUGCCGUCGACCGCUGUGGGCGGACGGUUCUACAUAUCGCAAUUUUCAACGGAAAGAAUGACGUCAUAAGCUACCUCGCUAAUAACUUCUCACAACUCCUCAACGCACAGGACAAUUUUGGGAGGACACCUCUCCACUACGCACAGCUGUUUAUGGAGGGCGACCCAUUCUUGUCCACCAUCACCAAGCUAGGAGACAUGCGCAUAAGGGACGUGCAAGGCCUGACACCCCACCAGUACAGGUAUGAGGUAAGCGGGGAGCGUACCUUCUCCUUACUAAAGAAAGCUGUCCAGGAAAUGGCCAUUGAGGUGUUCCUAAGUCAGACGCAGUUCAAUAGGUCAAUGAAGGCAGCAAUACAGAAGGAGGACUUGAUGACGAUACAUCGUCUGUUGCGAGGACUACGUGUCCACGGGGACAUUUCCCGUCACAGUGCACUUCUGUUUUCCUGUAUAGAGUGGGACAAGGAAAAUGCCGCUAUACAACUCAUCCGGGAAGGGCUUAGCACCGACAUCUUCAAACAGUACAAGAAAUGUGACCCCAACAAUACAGAAUGUGCCAUUUGUGAGUGUAGUCACACAAUGACGUCAUUCCGGGAAAAGGCGGAGGAGCUGAAGAGAAGACAGGUUUUACAAUUACUGGACCAAAUACAGAUGACCAGUGACAUGAAGAAAGACCCCCUGUCACCAAGGGCAACACCCGAUGUCAGCAACUUCGAAAAGUUUGGACAUGUGUGACGCAGAGUCACGUGAUUUAAUUAAAAGUGAAGCACACCUGAUUGCAAAAGCUUUGGAACAAUCCUCCUGAUUCUUUGAAAAAUACAAUUAGCUGGCUGAAAGCAUCCUCUCUGAUUCUUGGAUAAGCAGUGUUUGCAGGCUGACACCAACCUCCCUGAUUUUCAGAAAAGUUGAGAAGCUGGCCGUAAGGACUGUUUACAGACUGACUCUAAUCACCAUGAUUCUUUGACAAGUAGUGUUUGCAGGCUGACAGAAACUGACGUGAGUUUUAGGCACGUUGAUUGACUGGCCGGCACAAACUUCCCUGAUGUUUGGAGAAACAGUCUUGAAAACUUACACAAACCUCCAUGAUUAUUUGAUUAGUGGUGAUUGCAGGCUGUUACAAAACCCCUUGAUUUUCAGAAACAUUGAGUAGCUGGCCACCUUCUGAUUCUUGGACUAAUUAUUUUUGCAAACUGACUUAAACCUCCCUGAUCUUGGAACACUAGAUUUUGCAGACUGCAAAAACACCGCAAGUAGUUUUUGCAGACUUACACAUAUUGACAUGUGACAAUGUUGAGUAGGUGGCCGGCACAAACCUCCAUUACUCUUGCACAAGUCAUGUUAGCACGCUGACACAAACAUCCAUGAUUACUGGACAAGUAAUGUUUGUAAUCUGACACCAAUUGGAGAAGUAUUUAUAAAGUUAGACCUUACCGGAGGAUUCUUGUUUAAUGAUCUUCGUGCUUUCACUGUCGUUUUACAGUUGUCAAGUUUCCCCCGACUGUCGGUACUGUAUUGCACAGUGAUACCACAUGAUGUUCUGGGAACCCUAAUGGAGGGAAAGGACAAGAAAUAUAAUAACUAUGUGUUAACAUAUACAUGACAGAAUAAACGUAAAGUGCUAAGAUAUGUGUCUGUUUUUAUGUUUCUGACGAUACCUCGGAGCAUUUUCACUAUCCACAGACAACACGUAACUCUGAUCUCUUAAUUUUUGUUAUUUUUUCCAUUCGUUGUAUUAUCUGUUUGAAGAUCCUUGGUAUAGGUAGAGUGUAGGUUAUUUGGUGACCUUCAGUAUAUUUAAACA